GAUCAUCGGUUCGUCAGAAGCUCGAUAAGUUUUCAAAGGUCUGAAACGAAGAGUGUCUACGAAGAAGAACCCGUCAUGUCUCCGUACCUAACAACGUGCCUGAUGGUGGCUAUAGCCGUAGUCUUUCUUGGGCCGACAAACGCGGAAGACCCGGAUUGCGGGAAGGACGAGGUGUUCGACAUCUGCGGACGAGUAUGCGAGCCAACGUGCCGGGAACUUGAUCGCCGUGAGACAUGUCGCCCUCACUGUGACGGAAGCCUAGCCAUGUGCACAUGCGGCCCUGGACUGGUAAGGGACGAUAACAAUAAAUGUAGUCCUCCGUCAGAAUGCGAGGAGACAUCAUAACCACACACGCAAGUUCAACGGGAAUCAGUAAAACAUAGACUACAACUAUAGCAUACCUAGCAAUAAAGAACGUUCUUUGAGCAAAUUAA